GGAGAACGCGCGCGUCCUGCUCCCACCGACGUGGUUGUGCUUGUGGUAGAGCUUCAAGAUUUCGACGGAUACUGGCAUCUGGACGAAGAAUUGGCCAAAGUGUUCAAAGCAACUCUUCUCGAAGUCACCUCUUCGAAGCCUUCUGACGUGAAAGACACGAAGGUGUGGGCCACAGCACUUGUGGUGGCCUACUUGCGAGUCCACCUGUCGUCGAGGAAGGAGGAGUGGGAGAUGGUGGUGCGGAAGGCGGUGGAAUGGUUGGAGGGGAGUGGAGUCAACGCGGAGGCGGUCAUUGAGAAGGCGAGAGUGGCGUUGGAGAAACUUUUGCCGAGAGCAUGA